UCUGAGAUAUUAGUAAAGUCCUGUAGGGGAAAAAAAGCAUGAAUUUUGAUGUGAAAUAUGACUUAUUUGCUUUGUAACACUGUGAAUAAAGAAAAAUACAUCCCCCAAAUAGAAUUUAUUUCAUUUUUCCUGCAGUAGAAAUGUUGCUUAUGGUGCUGUUUGUUUGUUUUUAAGUUAAUUUUGCAUUGAACUGAUGCAACAAAAACAGACCUACUUUGACUUUAUGUUCAAUUACAUUUUUAAAAUCUUUUUUGUCUACAGCUGUUAAAAUGCACAAGCUAAAUAUGGUAAAGUAGUUCAUCAAAAAUAAAAACAGAGCCAGGCAACCUAAAGAUGCCUUUUGCUUAUUUUUUCUUCACCUUACUGUGAUUUAUGUCUAUUAUUAAAACAAGUCAAGUAGAAAAAUCCAUCUUUACAACGUGAAGCGCACCAUUUGUUCAAGUAGCACUGAGCACAUACAGAGAAUUUUCUUCUGCACUUAAUAGCAUGAUGACACGGUCAAAUUAUAACAAGGACAUAAAGAAUAAUAAUGGGUAAAUGGAUGAUAGAUGCCAGACAUCCACACACACAUAUGCAUGCUUUAAGCAUCUGUCUCUAGGUCUAUAGAUUUAACUGCAAGACAAUCUGAAGACAAAAGCAGAAUUUCUCCAUAAUGUGAACAUGUUACAUAAGCAACCAUUUUACUUUUAUGCACACCCAUAGUGUCACAUAUUAUUAAAAACCAGUUUUCAUUUCUGGAGACAUCGUACUCUUAUGAGACGUUAUACCGAAAGAUUUGUUUCACCUUUAGACCUUCAGUUGAAUCAUGUGACCGACUCUCGUGAAUCUGUUUUCUGGAAUGUUUUUCAGUUUAGGUUUAAAUCUUUUUAUCACUGAUGACAUGUUCUUCUGUGUGGGUUGACUGUCUCCACUAGGGGUCACUGUGGUGCUGGUGUCUGACACAACCAGUCUUUAACACAACCAGUUGAAGAAAAGAAAAAUACAAAAGACAUAAAGGAGCUUAUGAACAUUUUAAACUUUUGAUUCAAUAGAUGGAACAAACUCGAAUUGUCCUGAUUUGGUAAAAUGCGGACUCUUUAAUCAGACUCCACGAGAAGGAAGAGUAAGAUGAUUACAUUUUUCUCUGAUUAAACGAGUUGUUCCUGUAAGGUAACUCUGUACCAAAUGACUGAACACUCUCUGUCACCUGUGUCACAUUGUGUCUGUCUAAAACCCAUAAAGAGACCAAAUCACUCAUCUGAAUUGAUCUGAGGUAAUUGGAGGCAGAGGGAAGAGAAGUCGGUGGACCGUGCAAAAUGGACCUAACAGCUGUUACCUGUCUGCAGGUAUAAGGACACCAACAAGUUGGCUCCUUCAUGCAGGCGUCAGAGUGUGUCAGGGACGAGUUCUUCUUCACAAAUCUCAGAUUUGCUUGCUCUCGGGCAAUUUUUAACUUGUACUGAACUUGAAACUUUUAGUGUUGACCUGGUUUUCUCGUUCCUUUUGCACCUCUUUGCUCUCUGUAGAAUGUUAUCUGAGGUUGGUGUUCGCGGGACUCUUUAUCUGUCGCUCACAGUUGUGGGAGUUCCAGGUAACACUGCUGUAAUUGCUGCAUUCCUCCACCUGAUCUAUGAGGACACAGGGCUCCUCACAGCAGACGCCAUCGUCCUCCACCUGGCCUGUGUCAACCUGCUGGUGGUGACCGUACGCUGCCUCCUGGAGACCAUCGCAUCCUUCAGUCUGACCAAUGUCUUUGGAGACGUGGGCUGUAAAGCUGUAAUCUUCAUCUACAGAACAUCUCGAGCCCUCUCCAUCUGGCUCACCUUCCUCCUGAGUGCUUACCAGUGUCUCAGCAUCACCCCUCCUGGAUCGCGCUGGGCCUUCGUUCGCGCCUUAGUUGCCCAAAAUUUGGUAUUUGUGUUUCUCUUUCUCUGGGUCCUCAACACCAGCCUCAGUGCAGGAGCGAUAAUGUUCUCAGUCAGUUCCAGUAAUGGCUCCAACUUGACUAGAAGCGCCAUCAAUGCACAAUUCUGCUACGUAAACUUUCCUACAGAGCAGCUCAAAGAGACCUACGGGGCUCUGCAGGUGAGCAGAGAUGCGGUGCCCAUGGCUCUCAUGACUCUAGCCAGCCUGAUGAUACUACUCCUCCUCUACAAGCACAGCCAGCAGAUGAAGGGGCUCAGCAGCAGCAGCGGCGGUGGUGCUGGUGGUGGAGGGGCCAAGCAAAGGGCUGCCAAAGUUGUGGUGGUUCUCGUGACGAUGUACGUGGUCCUGUACGGGGUGGAUAAUGGACUGUGGGUGUACACCCUCACUUUGAAACAGACAAUGACCUCAUCUCUGAUCUCCGACCUGCGUGUGUUUUUUGCUUCUCUGUACGCAGCACUAAGCCCUCUGAUCAUCAUCGUGUCGAACAGGAAGGUGAACAGCACACUAAGGUGUGUGAGACAGGCCAGGCCUGUUGUGGGGAAGACUUCAUGUCUGUCUGCUGUGUGAGGCCUGCUGAGGUGGCCGGUUGCUCACAGGGCUGCAGGGGAAGCUGAAGCUGAGCUGAAACACCCCCUCCCACGCCUGGGUGGUGUGUUGGUCGUUCACUCAUUUCAUGUCGUCACUCGUUUUUCUGUAUUCAUUUUACAUGUAACACAAUUAUAUUCAGACAGGCUUU